AUGGUUGCCGUCACGCCUGCUGCAGCUAAACAAGAUCCCAACCAGUGGAAGAAAAACCUUUCGGCCCAUGUCAUCUGCCCGGAAUGCAAGGAAGUGCCUCCUAAUUUGGAUUUCCCGGGAUCCCAUGAAACCGUGUGCGCCUCUUGUGGGCUAGUGCUUGCCGAUCGAGAGAUUGACAUGCACUCCGAAUGGCGAACUUUCUCCAAUGAUGAUCAGAAUAACGACGACCCGUCUCGUGUCGGAGACGCUUCGAAUCCUUUGCUGAAUGGGGAUCAACUGGAAACCCAAAUUGCCAGCGGAGGCUCCGGCCGUGUCCGAGAUCUGUACCGUGCCCAGAACAAGCAAUCGAGCGAAAAGGCCAACAAGUCGCUCCUCGCCGCUUACAAGGAGAUCGGUGCCCUAUGUGAUGGGUUCAGCAUCCAGAAGAACGUGGCCGACACCGCCAAGUAUCUAUUUAAGAUCGUCGAUGAUGCGAAGGCCUUCAAAGGCAAGUCUCAGGAUGUGAUCAUCGCAGGCUGCAUCUUUAUCGCCUGUCGUCAAUGUAAGGUCCCGCGUACUUUUACGGAAAUCUUUGCCGUCACGAAGGUCUCGAGGAAGGAGAUUGGAAGAAUCUACAAGGCAUUAGAAAAGUUCUUCACGGCUCAAAAUGUGGAGAGACACAACACCGUUGUGUCGAAUGGAGGCGUUCCUGACCCCAACGACACUUAUACCGCGACUACGUCCACCAAGCCCAGCGACUUGUGUAACCGAUUCUGCAAUCUCCUGGGUCUGCCGUACCCCGUUGUCAGUACUUCGUCCUCCUUGUCUGAUCGGGUCACGACGAUGGGAGACCUGGCCGGCCGUUCUCCCUUGUCGAUCGUCGCCGCCUGUAUUUACAUGGCUGCCCACUUGAUGGGUGAGGGAAGGUCUGCCAAGGAGAUCGCUGGAGUGGCCCAUGUCAGCGACGGAACUAUUCGCGGGGCCUAUAAACAACUUUACGCCGAACGCGAGCGUUUGAUUGAUCCCGACUGGAUCAAAAACGGAAAGGGCGAUCUGAAGAAUCUGCCCGCCAGUUAA